AUGCCUACAAUUAGACAGGUCGCAAAGGUUAUCGGUAUUUUGGUGUCCAAUUUUCCCGGUGCUCAGCAUGGACCACUUCACUACCGCCACCUUGAGCGGGAUAAAUAUCUUGCACUAAUAGCAAAGAAGGGCGAUUACGGGGGGAAAAUGCAAUUAUCCCCUCCCGUUUUAACAGAAAUUCAGUGGUGGCGUGAUAAUACCGCAACUCUCAAACGAGAUAUCCAUCACGACCACCCCAGCACUUCAAUUCAGUCACCCGCAUCAACAAUGGGCCGGGGAACUGUUUUUGGCACCCAGAAAACGGGGGGAGAUGGACCCCUUCGGAAAUUGAGUACUAUAUAAACAUAUUGGAAUUACUUGCAGCCUUUUUUGCGUUAUAGUGUUUUUGUAGCCGUAUGAACAACUGCCACAUCCAAAUUUAGAUCGACAAUACCACAACCCUUGCUUAUAUAAACAACAUGGGGGGGCUCAAAAUCUAAAGAACUUAACCAGCUAGCUGUUCAAAUUUGAGAAUGGUAUGUAUCACGAAAUAUUUGGCUCUCAGCUAAGCACAUGCCUGGUCGGCUGAACACUGAGGCUGAUGAGAAAUCACGCGUGUUCUCAGAUAAUCAUGAGUGGAUGUUAAACAAACGCUCGUUUGACGAGAUCCUGUUGUGCCACCCCGGCCUCGAUUUCGACUUGUUUACAAGUCGUUUGAACUAUCAGAUCAGUCGUUACUGCUCGUGGCAAGCGGACCCUAACAGUGCACACGUAGACGCUCUUACUAUGAAUUGGACUGGGCAUACUUUUUUGCUUUUCCACCCUUUAGCCUUCUCGAUCCCAAGAUGCCUUCAGAAGAUCAGUCAAGACCGAGUACAGGGUGUACUAAUCGCUCCGCUUUGGCCAACUCAAACGUGGUUUCCAGUCCUCCUACAACAAUUGUGCGACCAGCCCUGGAUCCUGCUCCCACGACCAGAACUUCUAGAACACCCCUCCCGCAGUGGCCCACAUCUACCACACGGGAAUCUUCAUCUGAUGGUAUGUCCUGUGUCAGGGGAUCCUUCAGGCAUUAUCACUUUACAGAGGAGGUUACCGACAUUCUUAUGGCAUCCUGGAGGAGAGGCACUAAAAAACAGUUUGCCACAUACGUUAAGAAAUGGAUGGCAUUUUGUAGUGAAUGGAAAAUUAAUUGUUCUUCACCACCACUGAGCGACACCCUUCAAUUUCUCUCGGGGCUAUUUCAUAAAGGGCUUAGCUACUCAACCCUUAAUACUGCUCGCUCUGCCUUAUCUACCAUUGUUACGAUAGACGGAGGGGAAGCUUUGGUAGCAACGAUAUUGUUACACGGUUUACGAAAGGGGUAUUUGAAUCGCGUAGACUCAAACCUAAAUAUAACAAAAUUUGGGAUGUUUCAGCGGUUUUAAAACAUUUAUCUUCUUUAUACCCCAAUGAAAAAUUGUCUUCAAAGGAUUUAACGCACAAGGUCCUUAUGCUAAUUCUAUUAGUUUCGAGUCAACGAGGGCAAUCGAUACACUACCUAGAUCUACAGCAUCUUACCAUAGAGGAGGAUAAUUAUUCCUUUGACGUCGCUGAGCAUAUCAAGACGAGUACCCCCAGAAACCCACAUACGAGGAUUGACAUUGCUGCCUCUGAGCCAGACAGUACAAUUUGCCCUUCGACUUGUUUGAAAGCAUACCUCAAGAAGACCAAGGCUUUGCGUAAAAACGAAACAAAAUUGUUUAUUAGUUAUGUUAGGCCCCAUAAAACUGUAUCUGGGGACACGGUUUCUAGGUGGACUAAGGAAACUCUUAGACUUUGCGGUAUUGAUACUAAGGUGUUCACGGCACAUAGCACUACGUCAGCAUGUGUUUCCAAAGCUAAUGAAAAGAACGUCCCUGUCCAUGAGAUCAUGGCAAAGGCAGGCUGGAAGUCUGCAGAGACCUUCCGUAAAUAUUACAACAAACCGGUUAUUCAAGGAAACAGACUUGCUUCCGCUAUCCUUGACCAGUGA